UACAAAUUGGAAUGAGCAGCGAACCCAAGUCGUAUACUCGAUUACUCUUCCCCAGGUCACAGGAUUUCCGGUUACUGAGCAGCAAUCCCAAACUCUCGUCAGCCACCUAUGGCGGGCGCCGCCAAUCAGCACCAAACACCAGAAUCCCCGCCGCUGCUUCUCCUCCACCGCUUUCCAAGCUUCAACCUUUACUUUCUGCCCUUCCUCCAAACCAAAUACACCGUCCUCGACCCGUUCGCCGACCCACCAGACCCGUCAUUCCCCACGCUCUCCAAGUCCGCGCGCGUCAUGCUCUGCUUCGGACCCACACCCGUCACCUCCGAGGACCUCGACAGAUACCCCUCCGUAGAGUACGUCCUCGGCACCAGCGCCGGGAUCAACAACUUUGACCUGGCCGCCUGCCGCCGCCGUGGCAUCCGCGUCACAAGCGCCGGCGAUGCCUACUCCGACGACGUGGCGGAUUACGCCGUGGGGCUCACCAUAGAUGUUCUGAGACGCGUAUCCGCUGCUGAUCGGUUUGUUCGGGCUGGGUCUUGGCCCGUCCAGAAUGAGUAUACUCUGGGGUCAAAGGUGAGUGGAAAACGAGUCGGGAUUGUGGGACUAGGGAGCAUUGGUUCUAGGGUGGCCAAGAGGUUUGAGGCGUUCGGGUGCAGCAUUGCCUACAACUCAAGGAAGCAAAAGCCUCACGUCACGUAUACUUACCAUGCUAACGUCAAGGACCUUGCAUCAGACGUCGACGUGUUGAUUGUUUGUUGUGCAUUAACAAACGAGACACACCGUAUAAUAAACAAGGAUGUGAUGACAGCACUGGGAAAGAUGGGUGUGAUUGUUAACGUUGGACGUGGGGCGUUGAUUGAUGAGAAGGAAUUGGUUGAGUUGUUGGUGAGGGGUGAGAUUGGUGGUGCUGGUCUUGAUGUCUUCGAGAACGAACCUCACGUUCCCGAACCGCUACUUACAUUGGACAAUGUCGUCUUGUCUCCACACAAGGCUGUUCUAACUCCGGAUUCAUUUGCAGCACUUGAGGAGCUGGUCCGCAGCAACUUGGAAGCUUUCUUCUCGAAUCAACCUCUGCGGGCAGAAGUUGAGCUCAAUUGAUAAGAUAGUAAGCGUCUCAUACAUAAAUACAUGAUAUCUAUACUUGGGGAUUGCCCUGUUUAGAUGAUGUGCAUUAGUCCAUACCCCACUUUAUUUACUGCAAUAAAUUCUCUCUGCAACAGAGGAAAAACUUGCAAGGUUUUGUUUAGAAUAAACCUUUGAGGGAGAUAUGGAGAAUGACUGAUGUAAUGUUGCCCAUUCCAUAUGAAAUAAAUGUACAUACUUUGAGUUCAUUCAAUUGAGGAACA